UUACGUGUUCAACUUCUUUCUUCUUCAAGCCGGCUCCUCCUCCCUCUCAGCAGAUCAGUGCCGCCGCCGCCGCCACAUCCCUCCGCCUUCUGCCGCUUCGGAAGCUUAUUUUGUUGUAAUUGCAAUGUCGUCCUUAAAGAAUGCGGUUCCUAAACGGCCUUACAAGGAGCGAGCUCAGCCGAAUUCUCGGAAGAAAUUUGGGCUUCUUGAGAAGCAUAAAGACUAUGUCGAGCGUGCUAAGGCUUAUCAUAAGAAGGAAGAUACUUUACGGAAACUUAAAGAGAAAGCAGCAUUCAAGAAUCCAGAUGAGUUUUACUUUAAGAUGAUUAAGACGAGAACAGUUGACGGAGUCCAUAGACCAGAGAGUCAAGUAAAUAAGUAUACUGCGGAGCAACUCAUGUUGAUGAAGACCCAAGAUGCAGGGUAUAUACUUCAGAAAGUGCAGAGUGAGAAAAGGAAAAUUGAAAAACUGACAGCCACGUUGCAUUCGCUUGAUAAUCAGCCAUCAAAUAAGCAUAUUUACUUUGCCGAAGACAGGGAGGAGGCCAAUGAAAUUCAAUCUCGCUCUUCCAAAGGUAGAUCAGUGGCAUCGUCUGAGGCAGUUCCUGACAGUAUUAAAAGGAAAACCAUUUCGUCUUACAAAGAACUGGAGGCAAGGAGGAGUAGAGUCAGUGAAUUGGAGAAACUUUAUAUGGAUAUGACACUGCAACAGGAAUUAAUGAAAAAGGGUCGCAAACGUAAACUCAGAGAAGAUGAACUCACCAAUCCAACUUCAAAAUCUGUAUACAAGUGGAGGGCAGAACGAAAGCGAUAACAAAGUUCCUGGCCCAGGCAGAUUUUGCAGAAGAUGAUGUAGUCAAAGUUUACAACUUGAAAAUUCCUGGGAGAUGAUCACUGUUGAAUCACUGAGGACCGACCAACAUUCUGGUUCCUUGUGUUAGUUUGUCAAAUUUUGUCUUCACAGCUUAAUUAAUUAAUUAAAACAUGCUGUAUUUCUUCUGGGGUAUAAAGUAUGUAAUCAAAUUAUUGUUACCGUUAAUUUACUGAGUAAUAUAGUUUUAUUCUUCAAUCCUA